AUGAAGGUAUUGCUCCUAUCGCUUGUUGUAUUGUGUGUAUUAUGUAGCAGUUAUAACUUGAUGAUCGGUGGUGCUUUGGGAGAAACAAAUGCGCUCUCGUAUCCACUUCCAAAACUCUCGAUCGUUCCUGGUACUUUGACUGUGAGUGGGUUAUCAUCGGGAGCCUAUAUGGCUACACAAUUUCAUGUUGCUUUCAGUAAGACUGUUAGAGGAGCUGGAGUAUUUGCUGGAGGACCAUAUUAUUGUGCUCAGAAUGAUUUUGCAAAGGCUAAUGCUGGAUGUAUGAAGGUGGCAAGUAUGAUUGAUUUGGAUUCUAUUCAAGCCAAUGUUAAAGAGUUUGAAAGACAAGGGUUAAUUGAUCCAAUUGAAAAUUUGAAAGGUCAAUCCGUUUACUUGUUUAGUGGACUUAAGGAUUAUGUUGUAUUUCAGGCUGUAAUGAACAAAUUGAAAGAUCAAUAUUCGAAAUAUUUCGGAAUUACUAGAAUAGUUGCUCAUUUUGGUUCAAUUGCAUCUCAUGCUAUGAUUACCAAUAAUUAUGGUGGAAAAUGUGAUUUCUUUGGUUCACCUUUCAUUAAUAAUUGUGAUUAUGAUGCAGCAUCAGAGGUAUUCAGCACACUUUUAAAGGAAUAUAAUGGAACUUCAAUUCCACAUGUUGAGGAGAACUUUUACAUGUUUCCACAAAAGGAUAAAUAUUUAGCUAGUUCAUUCGAUGAAUAUGGAUACAUUUACAUUCCAAAAGCCUGCAGAACUACUCAAUGUAGAAUUCACGUCGUUUUCCAUGGUUGCCUACAAGGAAGAAGUUCUAUUGGUGAUGUUUAUGCUAAAAAUGCUGGCUAUUUACAACAUGCAGAGCUCAAUAAUUUAAUCAUUCUCUUCCCACAAGUAACUACUCUUGCCAAAGUCAACCCUAACGGAUGUAUGGAUUGGUGGGGUUAUACCAAUGAAAAGUAUGCAACCAAAGAAGGAGAACAAUUGGUAGCUGUUAGGAACAUGUUAUUGGAUUUGGGAGUUACUGAUUUUUAA